UGUGCUGACUGUCUCCUUAGCAACGGGCGAGCGCUGCUCCCUGCCUUGCCCUUUUGCAGGCGCUGGGACGGCAGCUGGGGGCCCACGGCUCCCCAUUCCCUGAGCCGAGGGUCCCUGCGCGGGGCUGGGCCACGAUGGCUUUCGAACUGGAAGAAUAUCUGCGGGCAGCUUUCCGGGACAAGCUGCUGCUGCCGAAAAUGCCUGAAAGAGAAGACGACUACCUGACCCCUGCCACCCGCCUGCUGGAGAAGAGGAGGGAGCUGGCAGAGGUGGAACAAGCCCUGUUGGCACAGAAAGAGGAGUUCCAGAUGAAGAUGGAGAGCCUGCAGCAGCGCCGGAAGGAACUGCAGUACAAGGAGGGGCAGCUCAAGGAGGCCAUCUUCAAAUUUGACAAGUUCUUAAAGGACAAUGACUCCAAGCGGAGCCGGGCGCUGCACAAGGUGAGUGAGCAGCGGGAGCAGGUGGUGCAGAAGGUCGUGGAGGCCAUGCGGUUGCGCCAGGAGAUUGCCCGGCUUCUCGUGGAGAGGGACAGGCUGCAGCGGCGCCUGGAAGCCCAUGCCAUCUUCCGGAGUUUUCUCCAGGGGGUGUUGGAGAAGACAGAGCAGUUUCAGGACAUCCAGCCGCUGAUUGACCGCUUCAGGACGCUGAGGGCCACCCAGGCGGUGCUGGUGCAGCAGGACCUGGGGAGCCGGGAGGCGAUGGCGGAGACACAGGCCCAGCUCCAGCAGUACCUGGCGCAGAGCAACACCCAGGUCAUGCAGCUCAACAACGAGCUGGCCCUGCUGCAGGCCCAGCGGGAGCAGGCCCGGGCCAAGGUGCACCAGUGGGAGUCCAAGUGGACUGAGAUCCAGAGCACAGCCGCCAAGAAGACCCUGCAACUGGGGCAGAUCAAGAUGGCUGCCCUCAACCUCUUCCAGCUGGCGACAAAGCAAAUGAAGCUGCAGGUGGACGUCCCCCUGGAGGACACAGAAACCCAGCUUGACACGGUUCAGCUCUGCAUGCUCGACCUGGCUGACAUCCUUGCUGACCUCCGCCAAGGGGAGCCCGCGCCUGCCAUACAGCCCUCGCCUGCUGCUGCCAGCUAAGCCGCUCAGCAUCCUCCCAGCUGCACCGCCUCCACUCCUCAGGUCACCCCAUACCCUGCCCUGAGCCCAGGCUGCAGCUGUGUUGGCACCACCAGGCUGGGGAGCAGUGCUGCAGGGUGACUGAGCACCACCCUAGUGAAAUGGUGGGAGGUUCCACUGUGGACAAAGCCUGCAUUCGAAAAACAACUCAACCAUGCUUGUGAGCCCGUGCGAUGGCCACCAUCCCCGUGGCUGAACACAGGUGGGGCUCCAGCUUGAGCUAAGGGGCCCAAGCUGGAGGACUCGUAUCCGCUUUGGCUCAGGCACACACAGCUGAUACAUCCUGACUCCUGGGCUAGACCCAGUUCUACACCUCAUGUGGCUCCUGCCUGUGGAGCAAUAACCAUGUCCGUAUACCUGGUACUACAGUCUGGGUCUUUGAUCCUAGCCCUGUGCACAUGGGCAAAAAGAAACCAUGCUGGAACACGAUCCUAUCCCAGCUGUGUUUAAGCCUCAUUGUUGGUGUGGUAGAAAGGGCCUAAGCCAGGUGGGCUCACAUGGCAACUGGAAGGCUGCCGCUUCCCCUGCACUACAGCAUCCAUUUGUCUUCUCUGUUCCAUGGCAGCUGGACCAGGGUCUUGUGCCAACAACCACCAGACCUGUCAGAGCAGCUUCCUCUCCUGCUGCCCCAUGGAAUCAUCGCACCUGCAGCCUUUGCAUGUGCUAUGGCCACUUCUAUGGACAGCCCCAAGCAGCAGGACUUUGCUGCCUAGGAGAAGGCUCCUGAAAUGCAUGGGACAGAAGUCCGUGAUCUUCAGCCAUCAACUCUGCCUACUGAUGCACCAUUAACCCCGGGGUCUGGAGUCUUCCAACCUUCUUCUGUAACAUUAGGACUGAUGUAGAAUGCACAGCCCCUCUGGGGAAAUACUGAGCAAUUCAGGGAUUAAAGCAGCAACUGUCUGACCCAGUUUAAAACACUUCAUCACCUCCUUGAUUUAGUUAAACAAGGUUCCAAAAUCCAACCUGUGGGCAUGCACAACAGCUGGGGCCCAAACUAGCCUCGGUCAGUUUCUCCAGCCAAUGUCCCCUUAGGCUGUUGUCUGUGUUGCAUGCACAGCAAGGAGGUUGAAAGACAAUAGAAAAAAUUGUUUAUUGGAGUAAAAAAAGUGUGGGCCAUUAUUUACAUUGAUUUUUGAUACAAAGCUUAGUUCAAUUUAGGCUGAAAUAAAAGUAAGGCCCCUUUUUAAAAACAAGUCAAACUCUGCUCCAGUUCCCCACUUUGCAUACUGCCACGCAGCUCUGAGCAGGAGAGAACAGCUGAGGGGACCCAGGAAGCAUUUAAAGUCUCAAGCAAGUGAUGUUUUCUCACUGCAGGUGGCUGGCUCAGGGACUGCACAUGCUGCCUGUUGCCACCUGCACGGUUAUAGGCGACACUGGAUUGCAGAAGUAUCUGUAACUGUCCCAGUUUGUACUGGCCAUGUUGUGGCUGCCCAUUGCACCUUUACUGAUUUUCCUUUGGGGACAUCCCUCCAUCUUUUUAUGUGCAGAGAGUGGAGGACCUUGCACAGCUGGUAUUAUCAGAGGAGAAAAACACCCCCAUGCUUCUCUGUAGAAAGCAGAUGUGCAGGUUUUCACCAACAGUUUUGGGGGUUCUUUAUUAAAAGAUGGAUUUUCUGAUCA